GGAUUGAGAAUGGAAGCAUCAGGGCCACUGGCAUGAUUGAAACACUUCCAGCAGCGUUUCAGAUGAAUGAAAUCCUGUAUGAACUAAGGGACCAUUCACUUGGCCUCAACUGUGGUAGAUGGGAUUACAUUUUCAGCUACAUCAAGACUUUCCAGGCUCACCCCGAUCGCCUACUCCCUGAUAGGGUUCAAGUUGGCAUGGCUCAACACUUUAUGAGAAGUUACUCUGACUUGCUCAUCUACACCUGUCAUAAGCGCGGCGUCCAUGCUAUGGGAGGCAUGGCAGCUCUGAUUCCAAACAGAGAUGAUCCAGCAGCUACUGAGGCAGCAUUAGAACUUGUAAGGAAGGACAAGCUGAGAGAAGUGAAGGCAGGGCAUGAUGGAACAUGGGCAGCUCACACUGCCCUAAUACCAGCCUGCAUGGAAGUGUUUAACAACAACAUGUCCAAUGCUCCUAACCAAAUACAUUCCAUGAAGCGCCAAGAUGCAUCGGUCCUAGAUGAAGAAGACCUAUUGCAGAGUCCGAGAGGGGUCCGAACCAUGGAGGGCCUCCGGCUGAACACCCGAGUGGGAAUUCAGUACAUGGCAGCCUGGCUGAAAGGGGAUGGCGCUGUCCCGAUUUACAACUUCCUGGAGGAUACUGCCACAGCUGAGAUUAGCAGAGUUCAAAUCUGGCAGUGGCUGAAAUAUGGUGCCGAAUUGGAUGGAGAUGGACUUGGGGUGAAGGUAAACUUGGAGCUGUUUGGAAAAGUGGUUGAAGAAGAAAUGGCUAGGAUUGAGAGAGAAGUUGGAAGGGAGAAAUUCAACAAGGGAAUGUACAAGGAGGCAUGCAGGAUAUUCACAAGGCAAUGCGCUGCCUCUGUGUUGGAUGACUUUCUCACACUUGAUGCCUAUGAUUAUAUCGUCAUGCAUCAUCCUAUUGGAUCUUCUCGGCUCUAAAUUUCGCAGCUUAUUUUGCUUUAUAAUCAAUACAUUGCCUCUGUAUUGUUAGUACUACAUGCCAUCUUCCCCUGUAAUGAUGAAAGAAAAUGGAAUGUGCCUUUGAAGAUGGCUAAUUUUCAAAAUGCUCUCGUUUCCAACUUUGCUUUCUGUUAAUCUGCUAUCCGUAUCUUUCCCAUGUAAUAUAUAAAAAUAAUGUUCAUUUUGUUGUCCUGGUAAA